AUGGACAUUCGUAAUUUACUUAAUACACAUGACCAACAGCCAGUUGAAACAUUGCUCAGCAGCAGCGUUUCAUCUUAUUCUUCAAGUAUGUCUAUGGACUCUAUAUUAUCAACAUCAACAUCUUUAUCUAUGAACCAAAAACAACACGAUAAACCUUAUGUGUGCACCUGGGAUAAUUGCACCAAACGUUUCUCCAGACGCUCUGAUCUCUCUAGACACAAAAGAAUUCAUACAGGAGAACGCCCAUAUCAUUGCGAAUGGCCUGGAUGUGGAAAACAAUUUAUUCAACGAUCUGCUUUAACUGUUCACUAUCGUACUCACACAGGUGAAAGACCACAUGUUUGCGAAUACGAAGCUUGUGGAAAAUCGUUUAGCGAUUCUUCUUCUUUGGCAAGACAUCGUCGCACUCAUACUGGCAAGCGUCCUUAUGUCUGUGAUGUCAAGGACUGUGGCAAAUCUUUUACUCGUAAAACAACAUUGUCUAGACAUCAAAGAUGCCACGAUCCUCAAUGGAAAACAUUCAAUCUCUCUAAAAUGACAUCUCCAUACUCACCCACUUCACCUACAACAAGUUGUGACUCUGACGAUGCUCCUACAAGUCCCACCUCAUCUCUUAUGGACUACCGCUCACCACCCUUAGUGGCACCUAUCGCAUUCCGCCCCUCUGCUCCUCAACCACAAUCCCAACAAUAUUAUACCCAUCAUUACGAACAGAACAAGCCUGCUAUGCCUCGAUUCCAAUCAAGCUACCCCGAAAUUGAUUAUUUACGAUUCAAUGAUAAUCAGUCAAAGCCUACAUGGAAUGAUCACAGCUAUAGCAGCCCUGCUUAUUACCACAGAUCAACUCCUUAUCCUAUCUCCAACUCAACUAGAUCAACAUAUCCUAUUAUUAUCAACUAA